UGCGGGGAACACGUCUGUGGCUGGAGCUUAAAGCCCCAAGCGACCUCAAGCUUUCACAGUCAGCACAGCACCUCUGGGCGACGGCGACGGCGGUGAUAACGGGGCGAGUGGGUGACACUGAUGGCUCAAAUGACAAGCGCUUCCUACCCAUCAAACGCCUUGCACCAAGAAACUGGCUGAUUUCAAAUAGUUUUGAUGAGCAGAUCUGAACUGCAUCUAAUUCUAUUGUCUGUAGCCCGCCUUCAGCUCAUACACAAAAUAAGCAUCUGAUUGUCAGCCAUUGCCCGCAACGGAGCACCGAGAAGUCUGGAGUACAUGGCUUGACCGCAAAUAGACACAAAUACCUACCACAGAGUCCCUACACCUCCCUAACUGCUGGCCACUCUCGGACGCUACUCGUACGCAUAUAAAGACGGCCGGCAGCAUGGCUGACGCGGAGCCGUCGCUCGACGUGGUGCGGCACCUGAAGUACUGGAAGAUGUGUCUCCAGUACCCGCUUCCCGACCUCUAUCUCUCCAACGAGACCAACCGCAUGGCACUGGCCUACUUCAUCGUGAGCUCCGUGACCCUGCUCACCCCGUCAGGCCCGGCCAGCGGGUGGUCACCUAAGCCGUUGAUCCCGCCCGAGCACCGCAGGCGCCUGCGCGAGUGGGUUCUCUCGCACCAGCACUCGGCCGGCGGCUUCUGCGGCACGUCGUCGCUGGUGCCCCCGUUUGGCGACUACGACGAGUGGGACUUUGACCAGGGCACGCGCACGGCCGAGCACACGGGUCUGGCCAACCUCGCCGCCUUGCUGUUUGCCCUGCAGCUGCUCGCCCUGCUGGCCGACGACGACGACCCCGAAGGCGCCUUCAGGGGCAUCGACCGCGUGCAGACGCUGCGCUGGCUGCGGCAGCUGCAGCGCGACGACGGCAGCUUUGGCGAGUCGCGCCUGCAACUGCCUGGCCGCGGCUGGUUCAUCGGCGGCGGCUACGACAUGCGUUACUGCUAUAUCGCGACGUGCAUCCGCUGGAUUCUUCGGGGUGAUGUGCAGGAGGGUGAUGCUGCGUGGGUUGAGGAUUUCAACACGGAAAAGCUCGUCCAGUAUAUUCUCAACAGCCAGACCUACGAUGGUGGCUUUGCCGGGAGCUCUGAAGAGGAACCCCAUGCGGGCUACGCAUACUGCGCAAUCGGCGCGCUGACGCUGCUCGACCGGCCGUGGGAGGGCAGCACGGCGGGGCACGCCAGCUGGCUGCACCAAGGCAUCCGCGACAAGCCCGGGCUGGUGCAUUGGCUGGCGUCGCGGCAGUUUGUGUACCUCUUGCCGCUGGGGGACGGGGACGGGGACGGGGGUGGGGCGGCGGCCGAGAGCUUCGACCGGGACGAAGACCCGGUCAACUUCGUGCUGCCGGCGGCGCUGGGCGACCUGGCGCUGGACGAGAACACGCGGCACGUGGGCUUCAACGGGCGGUGCAACAAGAUCGCCGACACGUGCUACUGCUGGUGGGUCGGCGCCGCGCUCGCCAACCUCGGCCGCGUCGACGUCGUGCAGCGCGCCGCCUCGCGCCGCUUCCUGCUCGAGCGCCUGCAGCACCGCGUCGGCGGCUUCGGCAAGUAUCCCGGCAGCCCGCCCGACGUGUACCACGCCUUUUUUGGCCUCGCCACCCUGGGCGUUAUGGGUGAGCCCGGUGUUAAGCCGUGCGAUAGCUCCCUGGCCGUGCCCGUUGAGACGGUGCGCACUAUUGAGAAGGCGCGGCGGGGGCUGCUGAAGACGGCUGGUCGGGGCGGCGCGGCCGGGUCGCUGGCGCAAGGACUCGUGGAUAUGGGCUUGGCUGUGCGCGGAACGAAGCCCGGCUGGUUGGCGGCCGUCGGGGGGUGA